GAGGACUUUUUUCGUCGGUAUGUCGUCGGAAUAGCGUUAUUCCGACGACAUACCAACGAUUUUUUCCCUCAGUAUGCCGCUGUUUUCUUGUAGUGAUUAUAGAUGUUAAAAUAACUAUUUUUUUUUAACUGCAUUAGAAAUUGGAUAGAACUAAGCUCAAAGUCACAAGGGGAACAUAAAAAUGGAGACACAAGGGAAACAAAAAGAAAAAGCUCAACCGUAAUAACGUCUAUGAGCUAAUCUAAACUGUUUCUCUUAAAAUCCUUUGAUGCAGCCAGCAAGUCCUCCUAACGCCAAAUAAGAUCGGAGGACACUAUUUGCAAUCUGAUUGGAAGAUGCUGAUUAUGUUUCAAAGGCAAACGAACUGAACAGGGCACAUAAGUUGUUAAUCUCUUGAAGUAAAACCUGAUAACGAGGCCAAUCUGAAGGUUUCAUCACAGCAUCAGUAACCUCCCGAAAAAUCAGAUGCAAACACCCCAAAGAUCGUUCAUGCUUUUUAGAGCCCAUACCAGACAGCGGAACUAAGAAGUCAUUCUGUUUGGAGAGAAAGUGAUGGCAUCUCUUGCAUGAUGAAGUACAUUACCUUUCUGGUCUCGCACGAUAUAAGCCACUCCACUAUGAAGUGAAGCAUUCCUCCAAUUGGAAUGAAAGUUGCAUUUAGCAUACCCAAUGGCGGAUCCAGAUCAAUUAUUUGACGGGGCACAAAACAAAUUGUAAAAGUGGACAAGACAUUAAUUAUACAGCAAGAGAUAAAACGAGGAAGAAAAAGAUAGGUGUUGGACUCGAAGUUCGAACACUGAAAGCUGAACGUAACCCGGGGCAUCUUAACCAAUUGUUCCAUCAAAAUAAAUAGUGUCACCUAACUAGUUGCUCGUAAAUAAUAUUUGAAAAGUAGUCGGGGGCACGUGCCCCCGUUCCUGCUACUGUAGAUCCGCCCCUGAGCAUACCCUGAUAAGGGAGGUUCUCAUCUCUUCGUUUCUUCACUUAGUCCAUGUAUCGUCUCUGGUGAACUCCGUCGCUGUUGAGUUAAUGCCAAAUACGAGCUUCCUCCAUUGCCUUUUGGACUUGGAUGAUGAGAGAUUCCUGAGUAUCAGCAUACAAAAGCAUAUUUCUAUUCUUCCAAAUAAUCCAUUGAAUCCAUAGAAUCGCUCUUCUCUGUUCUUGAGGAAUCAAAACAUCUGACAUCAUGUGUAGAUAUGAAGACAUACCUUCGAGCACCGAUAAGUUACCCACUUGAGGGAGCGACUGAAAACCUGCAAUGGACCAUGCUUCUUGUGCCAUCGAACACUUAAAAAGCACAUGCUCAAUAGACUCUGUUGCAUACUUGCAUAUCUUGCAUCACAAGUCUAAAUUUAAAUCCCAAGUAUUCAACCUCUCUGCUACCGCUAGUGCACCAGAAGCAGCGUGCCACAAGAAGCUACGAAUCUUGGGUAAAGUUGCAACCUUCCAAAUGGUCCUCUUUAAAUCCAGAACACCUGGAUUCAAAUUCAUUGCUUGUACCUUCUCCACUUCUUUAGCCUGAGCUGCCAAUUUGUAACCACUCUUCACAGUGUAAGAACCAUUUGAUGAGUAAGCCCAUAUAUCCCGAUCCGCAACAUUUCCCACCUGGAGAUGCCAAAUUCGAGCAACCUCAUUCUCGGGAAACAAAUGCUGAAGCUUAUUUACAUUCCAUUGACCAUCAUUAUCCAUCAGCGAAGAAACACGAAGAUUAGCAAAAAUCUCCCUUUGUUUACUGAUCGGCCUCCGAGGAAAAUCGUCCAUAAUCCAGUUUUGAGACCACACAUAUGUUGAUCUUCCGUUACCAAUAGACUAUUUUGGAGAUCUUUUUUUGUGUAUUAUUUUGAUACUAAGUGACUUUUACGUGUCUAUGCACAGAUAAAUUUUUAAUAAUACAAAUUAUAAUAAUUGAUUAAUAUUUUAUUUUCACUAGAAAAUAAUUUUUUUAUUAUAAACAAGUACCCAAAAUUAUAAGUUUUAGUUGUUUUCAAUUUGUAUGCAUAGAAAAUAAAAAUAUAUAUUUAAUAUAGACAAGGGAUUUUAAUUUUCUUAUUUAUAGAUAUAUUAGAUUGCAUAUAUUUCUCUAAGUCGAACUUAAUCAUUUUUAUUUUAUUUUAAACAGGUUAAAUCAGAUUGUUGUUAUUACUUGCAUUUGUUUAUUUUAGUAUCUUUUAUAAUAUAUUUUAAUAAAAUUAUUUAUCAAUAUAUUUUAUUUUCAUAAACACAUAGAAAAAUAUUAAUUGGCUAGUAAACAAACUACUCAAUUAAAUUAUUUUUCCAAAAUUUUGUUAUCAGAAAAAUUAUAUACUUUCUUCUCGAAAGAAAUUGAAAACAAAAACUUCCGUUGUUGUGGAAUUGACCAAAAAGUUCACAAAUCUAUUAAUUGUCUCGUUGGAAAGAAUGCCAAAAUUAUCUUAAAAAUUGGUAACUAUUUUAGAUAUAAAGUAGUUAUGAGCAAAUUGAAACUGGGUUUUUCUUAAAAGUAAAAAAAAAUAUUAUAACUAUUUUAUAUUAUAUAUGAAGUAGUUAUGAGCAAAAUGAAACUCGAUUAUUUAACAAUAUUGUUUGUCCUGGUACAUUAAGUUAUUAGAUUCAGGUAAUAAACAUGACAAAGAAAAAUAGAGCCAAAACCCAAAAAGGUAGAUGUCAAUUAUGAAAUAAAUAGGAUACUUUGACUUAAAACGUUAGAGACAUCAUCAAAAAGGACCAUUUGCCUGCAUCUUAGGCAAAAGAUAUAUUACAAAUUGAUCACGUGACAGGACAUUAGUGCGUUAUCGACCUCAGCGCUCCUACUUACAGGUUACCACCACGUCUUUAAAUUAGUCAACAACUUGUGUUUUGAAGACAAUUGGUCAUAACUCAUAAUUAUGUAUUGUCUUUGAUAUUUCUUCACAUCAGCUAUUUUAAUAUUUUGUCAAAUUUGUUAAUAAUCGAACACAAAAAUUGGGUUUCUGAAUAUCGUUUUGCACUUUUCUUGUGUUAAUGUUCUUGGUAACUGGUGUUCUUGAUAUCAUCUUACUUUUUCUUGUUGUUUUCUGUUUAUUUCCUUGCGAUCAUAGUGGAUGCCACACGGAUUAUAAUACCGCCAAAAUGUAUAAAUCAUUAUAAACUUGUGAUUUGGUUCGUUGAAAAUAAAAGUCAGUCGCCACUAGCAAUUGUUCCUUGAUUUUUCACUUUUUAUUAUUUUUAUAUAUUUUUACUAAAUAUAUAGCACUUUAUAAUCUCCACAUAGCUGUCUCAUGAUUCAUAAUUCAGAGUCUCCAUACAUAUAUGUAUUCAUAAUGCUAUUGUUAUUAAACAGAGGGUAAAGUUUUGGGCAAAACCAUAACAUUGUUGUUUUUACUCGAGUAUAAUGCUGUAUCUACUGGGAAAGCUAUGUUAUGAGUGGGUGGCGCAGCUGCCCACUAUGAAUUUUGUUAAUUUGUAAUUUUGUAUCGAGUUUAAAUAAUACCCAUGUUGAAUAUUUAAAUUUGUAAAAAUAUUAACAAUGUUUAUAGUUUUGACUAUAAUAAAAAUUAUGUCUAGAUCCACCACUGAUUGAAUUUUUAUCUAUAAACGUUUAAUUUCAUCUAUCGAAAGAUUUCUAGCUAUUCACACAUGUUACAUUUAUAAAUACGUAUAUUUUUAUGGAUUGACGAAGCCAGGUUGAAAGGUAUACGGGCCCGUGCACCCACAGUGAAAUUAAAAAAAAUUGUAUGCAGUAUAUCAAAUAUUUGUAAGCCCACAGGGUAAACAGCAGCUUGUGCACUCCUACUUUUCUAGGUUCGAUCCUUUUCUUAUGCGUAUUUCUUUUUCAUUAUCAAAGGUGCACCCAUUCAUUAAAUUGUCUAGCUUCGCCCCUUAUGGGUAUAAAGAUUUUGUUUUGUUAGCGAAUCUUGUUACUAUAUAUGCUUCUUUCUACGUAAUUAGGAGAAUACGUUCUGAGAAUUUGAUAAAGUUGAUUCAUUAUACGAAUAUAAUUUUUGAUAUUCGAGAUAUCUAUGUGUUAGGUUUGUUCGUACAAAAAGUUCAGAUGGUUGAUUAAUAAUACAAAGUUUAUUGUACCACCCAUCUUAGAUCGACACACCCAUGCUAGUGGAGUCAGGAGUGGAUGAUACAUAUAUGGACACGUAACAUUAGAUGUUUGAUCGUGAUAACUGUCGUAAGGCGUAAUGUAAACACGAUAUAUAGAUUGACCAAGUCCAAACCGCGUCGCCGUCGAGGUUCUACUUUCUACGUGCAUGAAAACGCCAUCCACUUUCUGUCCUUUUCACCUAUUUUUUUUUUGUUUUACAAAAUAAUAAAAAAAAUUUAUCAUUUUUUACAACUUACAAUAUUUACGAGGAAUAUUUGUGUCCUUCUCGCCUAUAUUUAGACAUAGUUUUUACCUUUUGUCGAUUUUUAUUUAUUUAUUUAUUUUAAUUUUUUAGUCGAAUGUCGAUUGUUAUUUACUUAUGUAACUUCUAGCACAGAGGUAGAAGUAGUAUUAUAUAUUAAACAAAAUUUCAAACAUUCUUUUUGCCAAUACUAUACAUAUUUACAUUUGAAUAGUAAUGAAAUAUCGCCACUGAUACAAACUAUAUGGUCAAAAUAAGUUAAUUAUUAUACUUUAAAAUAAAAGAUUAAAUCACAUAUUUGACCAGAAUUAGUAGUGUAAUAGUUUGUAUCAGUGAAAAUAUUGUAUUACUAUAUAUUUAUAAAAAUUAUCACAAAGCAAGUUGAAUCUAGAUUUUAUAUUUUUCUCUAGUGGACCCCGUUUCCCGGAUAUAAUUUUAGUGGUCAUCAGUCAAUAAACAUCUGGCUAUUUUUUUAAUACAUAAAAUAAUACUAGUCUUGAUUGCUUUUCUUUUCUUACGGCAAAUGUUUGUUUUUCUUUCAUUUGGAGUAUACCAACAUAUUUUACAAUUCGCAUUACCAGUUCUAUUAGAAUAGGAAUAACAUAGAACUGUGACCCAAUAAUACGAAGCCAUUUAGAAGUCAACUCCAUUCAAACCAUAAGAAACGUGGGCACAAUGUGUACCUAGCCAGCAACCUAUCCUGUUCUUUCUGUACAUUAAAUUGUUCUUUUUAAUUAAAAACUACUAUUCAAUAUUUAUCAACGAAAUUGAUGUCUUAACAUUUGUUCAGAGAUUGAAGAGAGAUGCAAAAAUUAGAGGGAGGAACAAAAGAGAGAGAGAGAAACAAAAGAGAUGAGUUCACACUUCUUACAAGAAGCUUCAGAAGCUUGCUUCAAUGGCUGCUGUUCAUCACCAUUCUCAACACAAUCCAUAACUAAGAAACAAGAAGACGAAAACCACGAGUUCUCACUCAUCACAACAGGAGCUUCUUUCCUAACAAGAGACAUCAAGUUCACAAGCCAAGAAUCUCUCCCUUCUCUCCAUACAUCUUUCUACGAUCUCAUCACAGCUUUUCCAGAUUACUUGCAGACCAGCCAAGCCGAUCAUCUCCGAACUACAGAGUAUCAGAACCUUUCCUACUCAUCUAGCCACGUGCUGUUAAACCACACCGGUCAGCAACAGCCCUUGUUCUCUUAUUCCCAAUCUAUAUCAGGUUCGGACCAAUCCCUCUUUACCUUGCCUCGCAAGCAAGUGAGCUCCGGCGAAGAAUUGUUAUCGUUUGCAACAGAAGAAUCUCGGUUUCAGACCAGGAUGAGGAGAAGAAUCACGAGUUUUAUGAAUCUUGAAGAGUCUGAAUAUCACAUGAUUCUAACUCAAGACCGUUCCUCGGCUUUCAAGAUUCUAGCGGAACUCUACUGUUUCAAAACGUGUCCGAAUCUUCUCACGGUCUACAACUACGAGGACGAAGCAGUCGAGGAGAUGAUCAGAAUCUCGGAGAAGAAGGGUGUCAAGCCCAAAGCAGCCGAGUUUUCAUGGCCGAGCACUGAGAUUGUGUCCGAGAAACUGAAGAGGAACAUUGCUCGGAGCAAGAGAAGAAGAGACAAAAGAGGACUCUUUGUGUUUCCACUUCAAUCUCUCGUCACGGGGGCUUCGUAUUCUUACUCGUGGAUGAGUUUAGCACACGAAAACGAGUGGCAUGUCUUGCUAGACACCUCUGCUUUAAGCUCUAAAGACAUGGAGACAUUAGGGCUUUCUCUGUUCCGACCAGACUUUCUCAUAUGUUCUUUUACAGAGGUUUUAGGUCAAGACGAUGGUCCCGGUUUUGGUUGCUUGUUCGUCAAGAAAUCUAGCUCUCAAGCUUUGUCACCAGAACACAUCACAAAUCCAGCGAAUCUCACGGUCGUUAAAGCAGAACCAGCUUGGGAAAAUGACGAAAAUGCCCUUGGAGAAAGUUCUUUGGACCACGAGGAGGACCACACUGACAUAGUUGAAGUCGAAGAAGAAGACGAUAAAACCAUUAUUGAGUUUCGAGGGUUAGACGACGCAGACUCACUGGGUCUAGUACUGAUCAGUAGAAGGCUAAAGUCUCUGACUUUAUGGCUGGUUCGAGCGUUGACGUCUCUAAAACACCCAGGUUCUCACCAACCAGAGAUGCAUCUUGUCAAAAUCUGUGGGCCUAAGACCAGACCGAAGCGUGGACCGUCGAUCUCGUUCAACGUUUUUGACUGGCAAGGCGAGAAGGUUGAUCCUUUGGUAGUGGAGAGGCUCGCGGAGAGGGAGAAGAUCGGUUUGAGAUGUGCGUAUCUGCAGAAGAUUAGUAGGAUUGGGAAGGACAAGAAGGGAAGCGAUGAGAAACAGAACCUGAGUUUGAGAGUGUCGGUGGUGUGUCUUAGGUUAGGGUUUAUGACGAAUUUUGAUGAUGUUUUUAGGGUUUGGGGGUUUGUUUCGAGGUUCUUGGAUGCUGAUUUUGUUGAGAAGGAGAAGUGGAGAAAGAAAGCUCUUGAGAAAAACAAAUGAUGUGAUUAGGAAGAAGGUUGAAUCCAAAUGGUUCAGUUCCUAGGAAGGUUUCGGGUUUGGUUCGGAUAGGUUAAAUUGUUGUUCGAUUAGGUAUUCAAUUUUUUUUGGGUUGGUUCUGUUUGGUACAUAGUCUUCUUGGUUUCGGUUUGCUUUCAGAAAAACCGAAAUAAACACGCGUAUUGAUUAUUUUAAUGCUUUUAGUAAUUUGGUUUGCUGUAGACAACAGUAGUAUUCUUUUUUUUUAAUAAUAGUAAUUUUUAUUAGUCUGUCCAAAACGAGAAUUCAAGGUUUGAUUACAAACGUGAUUCCAACAAAAUGAUCUACAGCUAACGUAACAUUUCUAGCUUCGUUCAACCACCACUAUACCAGCACGUUCUGCUAGAUAUAUAGUUUUGUAAACUUCAAAUUAUCAAUAUACGUAUUCAACCGAUAAUGGUAAACAUUCGAAGGUGGCGUUCACCUCCUUUCCUUGGUUACCGGUACAUCUUAUGCUAGCAUCGGUGUAGCUAGUUCUUGACGAUUUCCUCACGCUCGCAAUCUCCACUGACGUUUAAGCACAAUGAUGAAUAAAACCGAAGAGUUCCAUGCCUGAAAACAACCAGAUCAACUCAGUGGCAAAUCUAGACAUUAAGUAUGAUGGGUGCACUACGUGUAAAAGAUGAAUCAGUGGGUGCAAAAAAAAAAGAGUUUUCUAUUUUAUCUAAUAAUUUUACCUUACAAAAUAACAACUUUUUGAAAAAUUGUGGGUGCACAUGCCCGUAUUGUGUUGGCUGUGGCUUCUCCCCUGGAUCAACUCCAUGGCGAGUUUACCCAACGAGUAAAGACCGGUUUGAGCUGUGGCUUCCUUGACUAAUGGUAUGUUAUCUCGCCAUGAACUGAAAGACAAAGACCGGAGCAGAGUAACAAGCCGAUGACGCCUAAGCGUAGACAACUCGACGCACCACCAAGCCAGAGACUCUAGACACGAUGUUGGAGAGCUUCUGAUGACACCGCCGGCAGAAGCAUUUACUGAAACCCCGUCAAAAUCCAAUCUGAGCAGAGAAGAAGACUUGUCCUAAACCGAGACACGAAGAUAGAGGAGAAGGAGCCAACACUAGCUCACCACAUCCAAACCGCCUUUGCCUCAUCGCCAUUCCGGAAGAAGACGACCGUCGAACAGAAAACGUCACCGGCGACCCAGAUCUGGGAACUGAAGACAGGCCGCUCACUAGAGUCUUGACAUAUUGACAAAGGAGGAUAAGGAGCGGAGGAGGCAAAGGAAAAAACAUAGGAGCAUUGGAGAGAAGGCCGCCGGCAACGGCGGAUGAAAUCCCGACUACUCUACUUUUGGUAGAAAGGGUUUUAAGAAAGAGAGAAAGUCAACAAUAGUAUUCUUAUUCCACAAGUUUGCAGAUUUGUGAGCAUCACACCAAGCAUUCAAAGUCAAAGGUUGCCCUGCCUUAAGUUAUAUUCCAUUUCUUGGGUUCCAUUUCAUAUAUCGUACCACACGAAUGGAGCAUCCCAAUGCUCCUAUUUUGGAGCUUGCAAAAAUUGGGAAAGAGUAUGAGUUGUAUACGACAACUCAUGUUUGGUUACUCUCAAGUAAAUCAAUCUUCAAACUAGUCAGUUCUGAAAUCGUCGCACCUUUAACCAACACAAGUUAGUAAUUCUGUUCCACUGCAUGCAGGCUUUACACCAAGAAGUCUUGCUUCAGUGAUAGUGUCAAUAGCAAAAUUUUGUUGGCAUAAGUAGAUCCCUAAAGCAUUACAAACUACUUCUAUACCCAAAAAAUACUUGAAAAUACCUAUGUCUUUCAUCUUAAAUCAAUUACUCAAGUAGGCCUUGAAGUUUGAAAUCACUUGUGGAGAACUUUCCAUGGUGAUUAAAUCAUCCACAUAGAUGAGUACAUGAAUUUAAAUGCAUUUACUCUCAAAUAUAAAUAAUGAGUUGUUCAGAAAUCGACUGCACAAAACCAUAUUCUUUUAUUACUUUUGUCAACUUGGCAAAGUAGCAUCUCAAUGCGUUUUUAAGACCAUAAAGAAAUUUGUGUAAUCGACAUACUUUAUUCUUGUCCUCCACACGAAAUCCAGGUAGCAAUUUUGUAAACACCUCCUCCAAAAGGUCACCAUGCAAAAAUGCAUAAUGCAGAUCCAUCUGCUAUACUUCCAAAUCUCUGGCAGCCACUACCUCAAGAAAGCAGUUUGUUCUCAUUUUUUGCAACUGGUGUAAAUGUUUCAGUAAAAUCUUCUCCUUCUACUUGGUGAUUACCAAACUUUAGCUUUAUAUCGUUCUAUUAUUCCAUCUGCUAUAUUUGAUACAAGAAUAUGAGUUUAUUGUAUCAAAUAUGAGUAAGGCUCUAGGUUGUCGAUGAGUUUAUUGUAUCAAAUAUAUCAGAUGGAACAAUAGAACGAUAUAAAGCUAAAGUUUGGUAAUCACCAAUUAAAAGGAGAAGAUUUUACUGAAACAUUUGCACCAGUUGCGAAAAAUGACCACAGUGCUUUCUUGAGGUAGUGGCUGCCAGAUAUUUGGAAGUACAACAUAUGGAUGUGCAUAAUGCAUUUUUGCAUGGUGACUUUAUGGAGGAGGUGUUUACGAAAUUACUACCUGGUUUUCGUGUGGAGGACAAGAAUAAAUUAUGUUGAUUACAGAAAUUUUAUUAUGGUCUUAAACACCGAGAUGCUGGUUUGCCAAGUUGACAAAAGCACUAAAAGAGUAUGGUUUUGUGCAAUCAAUAUCUGACUACUCACUAUUCGUCUUUGAGAGUAAAGAUAUUCAGAUUGAUGUACUAAUCUAUGUGGAUGGGAAGUUCUCCGCAGGUUAUUGAAAACUUUAUGGCCAACUUGAUUAAAUGCUUUAAGAUGAAAUACAUAGGUCUUCUAAAGUAUCUUUUAGGUAUAUCAUAAUGCUUCAGGGAUCUACUUAUGCCAACAGAAUUUUUCUCUAGACAUUAUCACUGAAGUAUGACUUCUUGGUUCAAAGCCUGCGUCGUUUCCGAUGGAUAAGGAUCACCAAUUUGCGUUGGUUGAAGGUGCACGAUUUCAGAACCGACUAGAUAUCGACGUUUAGUUGGAAGAUUGAUUUACUUGAGAGUAAAGAGACAUGAGUUUCAUAUGCAAUUCAUACUCUUUCACAAUUUAUGCAAGCUCUGAAACAAGAGCAUUGGGAUGCAGCCAUUCGUGUGUACAAUAUCUGAAAUGAAACCCAUGAUAGAGAAUAUUACUUAAGGCAUGGCAGCCGUUGUCUUUGAGUGUCUGGUGUGAUGUGGACUGAGGAGCAUGUCCCAUCAUACGGAUAUCUUUAACGGCCUGAUUUAUUCAGCUAGGUGGGUUACCGGUUUUUGGAAAACAUUCAAACAAGACACAAUCUCUCGCUCGUCGACGGAGGAAGAAUACAAGGCAAUUCCGGAUACAGUUCAAGAGUUUAUUUGGUUGAAAAAUAUACUGACUACAUUUGGCAUCUGCUUUGACAAACCAAUUACGUUUUAUUGUGAUAACAUUUCAGCAAUUCAUAUGGAAAUUAAUAUCAUUUUCCAUGAAAGGACGAAGCCUAUUGGAAUUAAUUAUCAUUUCAUAAGAGAUAAGAUCGUGAGAAAUUUUGUUACAACAAAACAUGUUUCAAAAAAGUUGCAACUUGUUAAUAUUGUGACGUAGGCACUUGGUAAGAAGGUGUUUCCAGCAUUUCUUGUCUGUCGAGUUGGAAGUUCGAAACCUACACCCUCCAACUUGAGGGAGAGGAUAUUAAAAUAUGUACAGAUCUACAAUAGUUAUGAUUGGAUAUGAUUGUAUAUUUUUUGUAUCUAUGUUUUAGGAUAGAAACCUUUUAAUAAAUAUAAGAUCUUGGACCUUAGAAUUGAUACAAAAAACACUUUUCAUAUAUUCUGUUUUUGACAAAACAUUUCCAAUUUUAGUAAAUUAAUGAUUCUUAAUAAGAAAAUCUAGAUUUUUCAAAAUUCUCUGACUUAUCCACAUUGUAAAUUCAGUAUGAACAUACAUGUAUAAAUACAUAUAUAUAUUUAUAUGUAUAAUUGAUUAGUAGGCUAAAAGAAGAAGAGAAGAAAACUAACAAAGACUGAAAAGUUUGGUGAACAAAGAAAAAGAGGGAAAUGGAUACAAUACACUUAAUCGUCGUCCUUUUCUUUGUGGCGGCCUUCAGCAUCUUGGGUAUUGCCGCUUGUUGUAUCAAAUGGUUUGGGAGAGAGGCAUAACUAUUUUUUUUUGUGUCAAUGAUGCAUAACUAUUAUUCUGUUGCCAAUAUGUCCUUUUUGUUAGUUUUGCAAUCAAGUGUUGUUUCACAUAAUGUUAUUGUUGUAACUAUAUUAUAUUUGCAUAAUUAAAUUAUUGGUAAAGUCAAA